AACUCCCUCCUCCUCCGCCCUUCUCUUCUUUCCCCUUUGUCUUUGAUAAAAAAAUAAAUAAAUCAAAUCUAAAGAUGAUCAUACAUCAUUUUUCAUCUUCUUAUCGUACACACUGUGUGUUUAGUUGUAUUGUUGUAGUAGUAAAAGUUGAUGAUGAUACAAUUAAGGAGGACUGUAAUCCUAUCAGAUACUUCGAUGAUGAUCAUCAUCACUCAUCCGACCCAGUCUCCUACUUUCUUUCUUAUAAAUACAAAGUGUCUAACUCCAUUGUAUCUGUUCUUCUUCUUGCUCGACUGGUUUUCUCUCUCCUGGGAUCAUCUGCAACCUCUCAAGAAGAGAGAUAAAUCAUGGCAUGUGUAAUGACCAGAGCCAAAGCCAUUACUAGUUUUGAGAAUUAUCAGAUUCUUAAAACCAGUAGAAAACCACAUUAUCCUCCCACUCAAAUUAGCUUCCACAAACAGCCAGUAGGAUUAGGAAAUACCAGGCUUACAUUGAAGAAGAAGAAGACGAGGCACUUUGUAUCCUGUUGUUGUUUCAAAGCUGAAUUUCCCUCUACAACAUGGUGGAAAGAAAAAUCUGCUGGUAUUGCUUUGGAGAUUGCUAAAGCUUUGAUACUCUGGAUAGCGGGAAGGUUGUACAAGAAAUGUGUAUUCAUCGCAAGUCCUCCAUUUGCCAAAGAUGAUAUGAUACAACUCAAAGUUAACGGGGACCUGAUAUGCGGAGCUGUGGAGAAAAUUGGCUAUACAAAGACAUAUAUCAGAGGGGUUGAUGGUCAUAUAUAUAGUGUACCAAAUGCUGAAGUUGAUUCCAAGAAUAUUAAACACCUCACCCUGGUCACUAAAGUUUCUAAUGUCAAAGCUGAUGCUGAAAAAAUUACCAAGAAAGAAGGCGACGCAAUACUGAAUGGGCAAGGUGAUGCCAGAAACGCUCCCAAGAAAGAUGUAGACACAGAAUUAAAAUUGUGGGGAGUCACCUUAAGCGUGCAGAUAAGUUUUGAAAGUUACGAGAAGAUGAAUAAAAAGAUAAAGGCAAUCCGUGACUUCAUUACCAGCAAUGAUCAUGUUAAAGCACACAAGCAUAUCACGGUCUUCAUUGAGGCUUUUUUACCCGAUAAAAAAGCAUUCAAGGUUUCAAUGGGUUUCUUCGUGGAUGCGCAUAAGAAUAUAAACGAUUACUCAGACAUUCAGGGGUAUUUCCAGAUGAAGCUGGAAGAAUUGGUAACACUGACAGUCAAUGAGAUGAGCUGAAUGACAUACUGGCAAAAAUAGCUAAAAUUGAGACACUCCUUUAUAGAUAGUUUUGGGAAUUGUCAAUGACAAACUGUACAUGGACUCAGUUUUUAGUGUCGUUUCGUAUAUUUUGCUAGCUUAAGAAAUAGAUAUAAAGAGGGAAGUGAAGGCAUAUGCAGCAGACGAAUAGGUUUUGCUGAUUUGUUUUGAAUCAUUUUCCAACUCUCAAUUGCAUUGUAAAAUUUUCUCCACUUAAUAAAUCCAGUACUUUUGAUAA